AUGAAGGAAACUUCACCUGACUCGUCGUAUAUAGAUCGCAUACGCUCUUGGGCAAUAACCAAAGCGCAUGGAGGCUCUCGUAGCACGUCGAGACGAUCGGGCACUGACCCCGGCAGCAUCCUUCCCAUAAGUAGAACCAUCUCCAAGAACACCGAGUCCACCACUCAGUCUGCUGCUACUGCGGACCGCGGCCACCACAAUGGCAAUCCUUUCUUUCUUCGUGGCGGCUCCGGCGAGCACGCUAGCUCCGGUGGGGGCGAGAAGGCGGCAUCGGCAUCGGCAUCGGCCCCGGGCCCCGCUGACCACCACCCGCGAGACGGCAGCCGUUCGUCGCGCUCUGCAUCUCCGCAAGAUGAGAGGCCGGGGUCUGUCGUAGAACAACCGCCCCCGGGCACGAAGAAGAAGGUAUCCAAAUUAGUCACGAGUUUCCUCGUCACCUGCAAGAAGAUCUUGCUUCACAGCUGGCUCAAUGUGCUCCUGAUCUUUAUCCCCGUUGGCAUCAUGGUCAACGAGCUCCACAUGUCGCCGGCCCUCGUCUUCUCCAUGAACGCUCUGGCCAUCAUCCCGCUCGCCGGCCUAUUGGGCCAUGCUACCGAGGCCGUGGCUCAUAGCAUGGGCGAUGCUAUUGGUGCCCUGCUGAACGUUACGUUUGGUAACGCGGUAGAGCUGAUUAUCUUCAUCGCCCUUGUCAAAGAUGAAAUUCGAAUUGUCCAGGCUUCCCUUCUGGGAUCCAUUUUGGCCAAUCUGUUAUUGAUUCUGGGAAUGGGCUUCCUUCUUGGAGGCUUGCGUUACCGGGAGCAGAUUUACAAUAGCACCAUCACCCAGACGAGUGCCUGUCUGCUGAGUCUGAGUGUCAUCAGUCUUGUAUUACCAACCGCGUUCCACGCCUCAUUCGCCAAUUCUACCCUCGCCGAUCAGCAGUCUCUCAGGAUCAGCCGUGGUACUAGCGUGGUCCUUCUCCUGGUCUAUGGUAUCUACCUAUUCUUCCAGCUCAAGUCGCAUGCAUAUAUGUACGAGUCGACGCCUCAACACAUCAUUGACGAGGCAACCACUCCCGGUCCGGCGGCUGGCUGGUUAGACUCGUCAAGUAGUGAGGAUGGCUCGUCCAGCUCAGACUCUGACGAUUCGGACCACUCUCGCGGAACGAUGUCUAGGACGUUUGAUCGACUGCGUGGGCGCAAUCGCAAGUCAAGUGUUGCUUCACAGGACACAGUUGAUACGGGCCCCAUGCGCACACCUUCAUUCGGCACUACGAUCGCCAGCCCUUCAGAUGACCACACACCGGAUGAGAUUCUCGCCAGUCGACCAGCCAUGUUGUAUAGGGAGUCGCAUGCUGAAGCUAGUGAGGUAGCCGUGGAGGACGAGAGGCCUCAGCGGCAUAGGAAACACAAGCACAAGCGCUCGCUGCGUCGCCACAAGAAGCACAAGAAGAGCCGGUUUGGGUCGACCGAGAUGGUCGCUGGCGAGGAGACCAUCGAGGAAACCCCCGAGAUUGCAGAGAAAAUGGCCGAGGACGGUGCGCCGCGCCGGAUUGACUUUGCUCUAUCGGAGAGUCGACGUGACGUCGAGGCAGGCGAAAUGUCGACGGCCAAGCGACCGUUCAACAUCCGCGGCAUGUCCUUUAUUCCUUCUGCAAGAUCUCUGGCCCCGACUGUCUUCACGCAGCCUCCCGACGGUCCCGUCAUGCCGCCUGUUCCCGCUGGCCCCGUGCCUCGUGUCCGGUACGGCAUCCGUAGGACCAACUCGUUGCCCGAUCGACUGAAUCAGGAGCGCCAGUUCCGCCCACCCGGAGCCAUGAUGCCCUCGCAGGUCCCACUGGCGGCCCUGGCCAACCCCGCAACGGCUACCGAUGCUGUCGCAGCUGACGAUGAGGAUCUGUUGUCCCGCAAAGCAGCCAUUAUACUUCUUCUCGUCACCACGGGCCUCGUCGCACUUUGUGCUGAAUUCAUGGUUGCCUCGAUCAACGGCCUGGUCGCGGAUGAUACCGUUGGCGAGAUCUUCAUCGGACUGAUCAUCCUGCCCAUUGUGGGCAACGCGGCGGAGCAUGUCACGGCGGUCAUGGUGGCGAUGAAGAACAAGAUGGACCUGGCGAUUGGCGUGGCGAUUGGCAGUUCUAUUCAAAUUGCCCUCUUUAUGACGCCUCUCGUGGUCAUCCUGGGGUGGAUCAUUGGCCGCGACAUGACGCUCUACUUUACGCUGUUUGAGACGGUGUGCCUCUUUGUGUCGGCGUUCAUCGUCAACUUCUUGGUCCUCGACGGCCGCAGCAACUACCUCGAGGGCGCGCUGCUGUGUGCCACGUACGUGAUCAUCAGCGUCGUGGCGUUUUACUACCCCAAGGAGGGCGAUGCUAGUCAGUACGGCCAGUAG